GAUGUUUAAGUUGAACAGUAAUGAGCAUAUAUAAGAAGAAAUAAUAUCAAAGAUAAGUCAUCUAUAAUUAAGCGAAAGUACUUAAUAUAAAAGCAUUUUAGCUGAUGAUGACAAUUCUAAAUACGGUAGCCCCGCUUUAGAUUCGAGACUCUUGGAAGUGAUUAGAGAGCUACCCCAUCAUUUAAAAUAAAAAUUAUACAGUUUAAUUCCUCAAACAAAUUAUCAGUUGAUUAAACAAAAUGAUGAUAGCAUUUAUUAUGGAAUAUUGGAAAAUUAAUAAAAAUAAGGGGCAGGAAUUUAAAUAUGGCCAAAAAUAGGUAAUUUAUUAGAAGGGUAAUGAAUAUAUCAAAAUAUUUAGAUUAUGGGAAAAUGAUUAAUUAGAGGGCUAUUGCAGAAUGAAUUAUGCGAAUGGAGAUAUGUAUUAAAUAUUUAUAAAAUUAGUUUUGAAUGUUAAUUUAAAUAAGGGAAAACUAAUGGUUUCGGUAUCUUUAAAUCUUAAAAAAAAUUAGUGAAAGGUAAGAUAAUGAAAUAUGUUAUAGGACUUUGGAUUGAUAAUACAAUAUAAGGAGAAGGAUAGGAAAUUAAAAGCGAUGGAACAAAAUAUUUUGGUUAAUUCUAAAAUGGAAAAAAGGAGGGGAGAGGUAUUCUAAUAUUGAAGGAUGAAUGCAAGUAAAUAUAUAUAUAUAUAUUUUUAGAUACGAAGGUUAAUUCAAAAACAAUACAUUUCAUGGUGAAGGAACCUUUUAAUGGAAUGAUGGCUCUGUUUAUACAGGAACUUUUACAAAAGGAUAAAUUUUAGGAUUUGGUUAGUAUAUGAAUAGUAACAGAAUUCAAAUGAUCGGUCAUGUAAUAUAGAGAUAUAAUUCAAGUUUACAGAAUUGAAAUAGCCAAGAGUAGACUAAAAGGAAAUAAAUUAGCAUCUACAAACUAUUAUUUUUGUUAAUUAGUAAAACUAAACUUUAAUGAUUGAAAAAAUUCGUACUCUCUGAAUUGGAUUUUUGAUAGUCAUAUUAAUAUAUAUCUUUAUUUAUUUGUUUAUUAGUACUCUAAUUGAUUAUUAUAGUCAAUUAAUUAGAUAAAAUUCAUCAAUUCAUUUCAUUUAGCAAAAAGAACUUGACAAAAACUAAUUCUUUCAAGUUGAACAUCUUAAGUAGGAUUAAAAAUGAAGUAUUUUAAAUAUAUAUAUUUAGAGUUCUUUAUUGUUUAUGACUUAAUGUUUGAAUCUACAAAGAGAUAGAAUAAUUUGA